CUCUCUCUCUCUCGCUCUCUCACACUCACUCACUGCACGCCGCCUUUCAGCUCUUUAAAAGCCGGCACCGCGCCGCGUCGCUCCGGAGCUCGGUUCUGGCACCGCAGGGGACCCGGCCGCCGUCGUCCUCGAAGCGGGAGAGGGCGCCGAGGGGAGCCAUCGCUUCAGCCCCGUUCACCUGGCGGCGCGCAGACUGCCAGAAAUGCCUCGGCUCCGGAACUUGACCGGCAUGGUCUUCAUCCUGAUUGUUCUCGGGGCGUCCCGGACGGGGGCCAAGCGUUCGGGCCCCUUCAAGGUGUGUCCCGGCUGCGGGGAUCCGCUGGCGGCGGCGGCGGCGGCGGCGAGGCCCCCCAGGGAGCACAAGCUGGCCGGCAGCACGCCGCUGCUGGUCCAGGGGGAGCCCUGCGGCGUGUACACUCUGAGCUGCGCCAAGGGGCUCCGCUGCAUCCCGCCGCCUGGGGAGCGCAGCCCCCUGCAGGCUCUCUUGCAAGGCAGGGGCCUUUGUGUCAAGCAGAUCAGGACCGGUCCCACCGAGAGGCCCCACCCCACAGGUCCUCAUCCGUCACACAGCGGUGACAGUGAAAAAGCGCCGUGCCGCAAGCUGCUCAACAGCGUCCUGAGAGGCUUGCAGCUGACCGUCAUCCAGUGGGACCGCGACAUCUACAUCCCCAACUGUGACACCCGAGGCUUCUACAGACAAAAGCAGUGUCGCUCUUCCAAAGGGAUGCAGCGCGGCCACUGCUGGUGCGUGGACGAGGCGGGCGCUCCGGUGCCCUCCCGGACCGGCGAGGACGCUGUGCUACCGUGCGACGGCGAGUGAGAGCCCAGCCUCUGCCCUCGUUCUGCGCCCGGAGGAAGCCGAGGAGGAGAGGUGCUCGGGGAGACCUUGCGUGGGCUACAGUAGAUCGCCACUGCCCGGACAAGACGUAACAGGGAGGGAAGACGAUCCGCAUCAGUCAGAAAGACGGAGGUGGACUCGCAGCUCAGGCGUGCGCGUCCGGCUGCGUUGUCGGUCGACAAUACCGCUCACGCUCACGCUCUCUCUCGGCCGUUGGUGCCGGAAUACUUUCCUUGCCUCUUGCCCGGGCUUUCGGGUUGCAUUUUUAUUUCCUUUCUGUUCGGGCUGUACCCAAAUAAAAAUUCUUGGCCAAACCCAAAAUGUGGUUUUGGGUGAGUGAGGAACGAAAUGCCAAGCAGCAAAACACAAAGAAAUUGGAAUCCUUUUUUUAUUUUAAAUCUUUGCCUGGAUCAUUUUUUGGGCACUUUGGCAAAUUUGUCAAAGCGCGAGCUGUGUGCUUCCUCCCGAACGACGCGCGCGCUUUGUCACCGCCGGAGUAGAGGUGCAGUCCUCGGCCCAGGGCCAAAGGUCGGCUGAAGCGGCGGGACAAUUCGGAGCUCGUUUCACCGCCGCGACCGCCAGACCAGAUCGGCCAACCCCCGUUUCUCUUUUCUCGUCUAAUCUUACCCCAAACUCCCAAGUCAGUGCCGUGCUUGCCAGCACACCCGCAGGGCUUCUUUUGAAGGGGGUUCUUUUUUUUUUUUGCCCCGUUUUGGCAGCGCUGCUUCUGUGACACAAGCGUUUUGCCCGGAAAGCGAAAAUAGCCCUUUGGGCCAGAAAUUUUCAGUCGGGGCAUCCCUACUUUCUACUUUCGAAUAGCUGACACUGCCUGUGUUUGUUGUGAUCUCAGUGGGCUGCAAUACGGUGACACAAAGGACAACAAAUGUGUCUCCCUCACCAUCCUCUCUCCCUCUGUCCAAAGCUGCUCUCAACAAGUCGAUUCUCUUAUUUAUUUGGGGGUCUGCUCAUUGCAUACUAUUUACAACCUUCCUUCCCUUCUAUUUUUGUGGAUGUUGUGUGUGGGGAUGGGGGGGGCAAUAGUCACAUGAAAAAGCCCCGGGAUGCUUUCAUUGUCAAGUGAGUGUGGUGAAUGCUUGUCGGGUGAUCGUACUUUCGCUAUGUUGGACUUUAGUGCGUUGACCGCGUGAUCCUCUGAAGCGGCAGAUAAAAAGAAAAAAAACCCCGUAUGGCUGUUUUUCCUUUUCAAAAAGUCGUCAGGCAUAUUUUUAUACACCUCAAUCUAUUUUCGAUAUGAAUUAUUGCUUUAUUGAACAACUACAGUAUAUUGCCAUGUAUUUUUAUAUUGUCAGCUAUUAUUUAAAGACAGAGAUGAUUUUUGUUUCAUGUUGGUGUUAAGUCUUUUGCUUUCGGGGCACCUCACUUGAUGGA